GUUUCGACAAACGCAAUUGGCGAGGGCUCGCGCUUGAGCCCUACGACCGCCAGAGGCGUUGUAAUUUGCCCAGCUAAGUGCACCCCAAAGCACCUCCAUCCUCGUUCACAAAUGUGCACAUCAGACGGACAACCAGACCCUCCCUCUGUUCAAGAAACCGCCGCGGAAAAUAGGGAAAAUAUAAAGACAUAUAGUGCACUAUAUGCUCUUCAGCUAAGAGCCUUCAUAGAUGCUGCAGACGACGUGGACGUGGAUCCAGAUACAAUCGAGGACCUGCUCGAAGGUUUGGGCGAAGGAGAAGAGGAAGUCGAAGGGAGUGACCUCGAUGAAGACUUGGACUCAGGAAGUCUAGCUGUCCCUGUGCAUGACCAGGACAGUGCCAUAGAGGAGAGUGGCGACCUGGGUGAUCUAGAAAUGGAAACUGAGGUCAUAGAACAAUUAAAGCGGGAAGCAGACGAAGCAUGGUCAAAGGAAGAAGUCCGGGAGAUGACGCAUCACCUGAAAGAACGUGGAAUGAGUUCAUUUGUUAGGGAAUAUGUUAUGACUCGAAACAUUCCGAUAGUGAAACUUCUGUUCGCUUUCGGGAUUUCCUUGUGCCCAGAAUUGCGGAAUAAGCAACCUCAAACAAUGCUAUAUUUUCUGCGGGUCGCGAUGUCUAAACAACUUCAUCUCAGAGACAAACUGCCCCAAUAUAACACCGUCGCCGAUGCGGUUUCCCUGAUCCGAGCUUCAAAGCGCAUUGUCGUGCUCACUGGCGCUGGCAUUAGCGUCUCAUGCGGUAUUCCAGACUUCCGCUCACACAACGGCUUGUACGCCAAGCUGAAGGAACGGGGGACCUAUGACCUCGAUGACCCUCAACAGAUGUUCGAUAUACACUAUUUUAGAGAAAACCCUGCUGUAUUCUACUCAUUUGCAAGCCAAAUCUAUCCAUCUAAUUUUAUACCUUCUCCUUGUCACCGUUUCAUCAAAGCUAUAGAAGAUAGAGGCAAGCUGCUCCGAAACUACACCCAGAACAUAGACACGCUAGAAACACUCACCGGAAUUACUCGCGUACUGCAGUGCCAUGGAUCAUUCGCGACCGCUACGUGUAUCCAGUGCAGACGGCGUAUACCAGAGACCGAAAUCGAAAAAGAUAUCAUGGAACAUCGUGUCCCGUCCUGCACUGUAUGCAUAGAGGCAAAGAAGAAAGCCGAGGAAGCACUGAAGGUCGCUGCCAAGAAGAAGGCCAAGAAGCGGGGUAGGAAGGAAUGGGAGGAGGAUAGUGAGGAAGAAGAGGAUGAAAUACCUGUCGGCGUGAUGAAGCCGGACAUCACCUUCUUCGGAGAAAAGCUCGCGGAUGGCUUUGAGCAUGCCCUCGAGGACGAUCGAGAUAAAGUCGACUUGUUAAUCGUCAUCGGAACCUCGCUGAAGGUCUCACCCGUAUCCGAGAUUCUCUCGCAUCUUCCGCACUCUGUUCCUCAGAUUCUGAUUAACAAGACUCCUAUCCGGCAUAUCAAUCCCGACAUCGUCCUUCUUGGCAACGCAGAUGACAUCGUUCACCAUCUCUGCGAGCAGCUCUCAUGGGAGUUACCGCCUCCAGUGGGAAAGCGUCUCGAGGUUCCGUCACUAGGGAAAUUAGUAAAGCGCACCUCAAGUGAAAUGAUGGGCAAAACCGAGCCCGUUCGUGUUGCAGAGAGCCACGUAUGGUUGUUUGAAGGAGCCGAGGGGGGUAAAUGGGUGCAGGAUAUUGAAGAAAGGUUCUUGGAAGAAAGUGCGGAAUCCGAAUCGAGCCCAAUUCAGGGUCGGGCUCCGAACGAGGGCCCACAGGCAAAGAAGCUACGGACAGGCUGACGUAGUAGCACUUGCGUCCUUCGAGAUGCUUUGCUUUGGUGAACGGAGACAUGGACGCCACGGAGACCACGAACUUCAUGUACUUAUAUAUAAAACUCGAGGCUUGCAUAACCAAGAAUUUAUUGGACCA